UGCAUGCGCAAAAAUCCGUCGCCUUCCGCUACAUGCUAACAAAAACAACAAAAAAAGAUGGCUAGUACGCGCCAAAAACCCGAGUCCUUUGUCUGGACUGACGACGAAGUGGAAUUACUUCUGCGAGUCACUUUGGAGUAUAAGACACAAAAGUAUCAGGAGAAUGUCGAUUGGGAGUCGUGUCAGUCGAAGUAUUCGGAUAUUAUGCUAGCUUUUCGGCAGCAGUAUGCUACUGGGGACAUGGCUGCAGGGAAGGAUUUCCCUCACGACCCCUGUAAUGUGAGUAAAUGCCAGGUUACGGCAAAACUUAAGGCUGUCCGGAACAAAUUUCGGCAUGCAGUUGAUUCUGGGCGCCGAAGAGGCCACGGACGUGUGGUACUAAUAUUUUUUGAACUCUGCGAGGAAAUAUGGGGUGGGUCGCCAGCAACUCGUGCCAUCCCAUCUGGUGUCGAAAGUUUGGAUAUGCUAGAAGAUGAUUCUUCAACGCAUUCGCCUGAUUCUCCGGCUUCCCUAGACUCACCACACACCAGCAUCAGCGACAGUCUUCCUCCUGGAGUUGUAAGCCAUGGCAGACAUUUACUGCAGACAAAACUCAACAACCACAGAAAGGACAGACUCAAGAGGAAGGCCCCAAUGGAGGCUGCUGUCCAAGAGGAUCUUCAGCUGAAGAGGAGGAUGAUAGACCUCAUGGAGGAGUCCGAAAGGCGCAACAAUGAAAAUAUGCGGCAGCUGAACUGUAACAUUGCUGCCAUCACAGACACCCUUAAGGACAGUUUGCAAUUGCUCAGAAAUAUGAUGCAGCAGGGCCAAACUUCAGUUCCAUCCCCUGCUGCACAGCCGAGUGGACAAGAUGGCGCCAGCAUGUACAGUCACAUGCAAGCACCCGUACCUCACAGAAUCUCAGCAGAAGAUCGGGAGCCAGAGCCCCCCCACAUUAAAGAGGAAAAGCCAGAGGCUCCUCUGAUUAAAGAGGAGGUACCAGCCUACCCACAUUAAAGAGGAGGAGCCAGAACCCCCCCGCCCCCAUGUUAAAAAAGAUGAGAAGCCAGAGCCUCCCUGACAUUAAAGAGGAAGAGGCUGAUAUCUGUGUUCCAUUUGUUUCAUGUCCCUGUAAAGCGUGAGGAUGCGCAACUUUGUUGAAUGGUGUUGCAAGUCAUGCGUGUGCACGUGAACAUGCACAAAUAUCGUGUGGCAGGGGGUGAUGUUUUGUCUUUGUUGAAUUAACUAAACAUAAGUUGAGUACGCGGGCCGCACGGUGGCCUAGUGGUUAGCAUGUUGGCCACACAGUCAGGAGAUCGGGGCCUGGGUUCGAAUCUCCGUUGGGCAUCUCUGUGUGGAGUUUGCAUGUUCUCCCCGUGCGUGCGUGGGUUUUCUCCGGGUACUCCGGUUUCCUCCCACAUUCCAAAAACAUGCAUGUUAAAUUGACGACUCUAAAUUGUCCGUAGGUGUGAAUGUGAGUGUGAAUGCUUUUUUGUCUAUAUGUGCCCUGCCAUUGACUGGCGACCAGUCCAUGGUGUGCCCCGCCUCUUGCUGGAUAGGCUCCAGCAUACCCGCGACCCUAGUGAGGAUAAGCGGCAUAGAAGAUGGAUGGAUAGAAGUCGAGUACGCGUGUGAAUGAAGUAUCUGAGGGAGAAGGGGGAAACUUGGGCGCUUUAUGACAGGCGUACUCGAGUUAAUCAAGUACCAGACCUGAAUCACUUCAGUGAGUGAUUCACAAGAACUUCACUAGAGUUAGUAAAAGGAAUCAAGUUUCCCAUCACGAGUGUGUGGGUGGAUUGAAGUGACGUCACCCAUGAUGUUGCAAAGCCUCGUUUCCGCCCAGUGCUUAUUGUCAUGGCUGAGCUUGAA